AGCAUUAAGGAAGAUCAACAUUAAAAGGUUGCCUUCGGGUGGCAGACUCCAGUGUCACCCCUGGACAUACGGGUAUUUCCACACUUAUGUGCACAUUGCAGCACGUUAAAAGUCUGGAAAGACACAAGUGGGACUGACCAGGUAGUCGCGCGUCACACAGGACCUUGGAAGUAAACAGGCAAAAGCUCGCAUUAUACGGAGUUGCCAUUGCUAUCCAGUCUUCCACCUGUCUGCCUGGACGUAGUUGCAGGCGCAGUCAGUGAAGAACACACGGACUUUUGGUGCACACUGUUAGUACUGUACUGUUAGAACAUCGCCGGGCAGGAAAGGUACACAAAGUAUACACGUGAUAUGGUGUGCACUGAUGCAUGGCCAAAGGAGAGCAUCGGGUCAGGAUGCGGGGCGACGUGUUGGCCUGGUUGGCGGUGGUGUGUGUGGCUGCGGGCGUGGGGCUGCAGGCGGCGACCACCAACGCCCUCCGGCAGAAUCUUCCUCUGUUGGAGAGACUUGGUGAUCACGUCGACGGUCUGAGGGGCGACAGGGUAAGGCGGGCCAAGCCGAGCAAUGGAGGGAAGCCACAGCGAGGUUCACAGAAGGAAGGGUCCAGCUCCAUCAACUGUGAUCAACGCAAGAAUCGAGAUAGACCAGAGUGCCAGGAAGUCCAGCCUCCCAGUGAUGGUGUUAUCGAGCUGUCGCAGUCGCUUCCGUGGGUGAAAGAUUUAGCAAAGGGCGGCGAUAUUCUGGAGCUCACCGACUUACCACGGACGCCUGCCGGGGUGAUGGAACGAUACCUGCUUGCCAUUGGCAGAGUUGACGUGGCUUAUCAGAGAUGCCGAACCCCUCGCCAGGAGCCCGGGGUGUGCCGGUACCUGCAGCACUGCAUCCUGCCAGAGUUCUCCACCAGUUACCAGGCCUACCUGGGAUACGCUUGCAUCAUCGAAGACAAGUACUUAGGAGCCUGCUGCCCCACGGAAGACACCGGCAGCUUCAUGUUAUCAUCCACCUCGGCACCCACGCCGCGCCCCACUACUCUCGCCAGUGACGCUCGAGCGUGCGGGAGGGUCCCCACCAUCAAGAGCGUGACAAGGAUCGUCGGGGGCCAGCCUGCGGACCCCCGAGAGUGGCCAUGGAUAUCGGCACUGCUGAGGCCCGGUGACUCUCAGUUCUGCGGCGGCACGCUCAUCACUGACCGCCAUGUUCUGACCGCAGCGCACUGCAUCACGCCUUUCAAAGCGAGUGACAUCACGGUGCGCCUCGGGGAGUAUACCUUCGACAGCAACAACGAAACUCUGCACUCUGACUUCGCUGUGGCCUCGACGAAAGUUCACGAGGAAUACGAUGACGUCACCUAUCACAACGACAUCGCCAUCAUCACCCUAGAGCGACCCACGGACUUCAGCGAUGACGUGUGGCCCAUUUGUCUCCCCGCCCAGGACGAGACCUACGAGGGAAUGCAGGGGACGGUGAUUGGUUGGGGUACAAUCCACUUUAGCGGCCCCGUGUCCUCUGUCCUGCUGGAGGUGACAGUGCCGGUGUGGACCAACGAGGAGUGCACCGCCAGCUACCCUGACAGGAACAUCACGCAGAGACAAAUGUGCGCCGGUGGCAGGGAGGGCGGCAAAGAUUCCUGUCAGGGGGAUAGCGGCGGACCCUUCUUGAUAAAACGCCUCAGUGACCAACGCUGGACAGUAGCAGGUGUGGUGUCUUUCGGUCUGCGCUGUGCUGAGGCGCAGUAUCCCGGCGUGUACACCCGAGUCGCCGAGUAUUUGGACUGGAUUAGACUCAACACUGCAUAAAUGCCUGCCAGACGUUUUCAGGCGUGUUUACGUAGCAAAUCCCGCUCGCUGGCUGUUCCCCUGCUUACAUAUCGAGAAAAAUGAAAAUACAAAGGAUCAGCAGCGUAAAACUGUGUCGCAUAAUAAAAAAAAAAAAAAGAAAAAAAAGACUACGGAACACAUUUAUAAGAAACAAAAAGGAAAUUAUCUGUUUUACUACCUCAAGUAUUACUGCAAAUACAUAUUGAUAAUGCUGAUGGUUUUGGUGUUGGGAUACUAGUAGAACUACUGAUAUCAUUAUACUACCACUUUUACUACUACUACUACUACUACUACUACUACUACUACUACUAUACUACUACUACAAACACUACAGACCACUAAUAGCUUAUCCAUAAAACCGUUCUUAGAACCUAUUUCCCAGCUCAUGAAUAAUUUAGGGAGUGCAGAGUUUAAUGAAAUUUAUUGGGAUCAAGGCAUGUUAUCAUGAUUCUAGCAAUACUCUAGCAACAAUUCUGUAUCGUCAAUGAAAAAAAUACACAUUAGAACCCGACUAAU